AUGGGUUUCCUCCACCUGUUCGCCUCUCACGUGGUGUUCCUCUUCCUCUCCUCCUCGUUGGUGUUUCUUCAUGGCGCCGCCGCGGAUCAGGAGGAGGCUCUGCGGACCUACAUUGUGCAGCUGCACCCACUUGGAUCUACUGGCGGCGGCGACGCAACAUCCUCCGACCACGACUGGCACCUCGCCUUCCUCAUCAAAUCCGUGCCUUCCUCAGCGGAGCAAGAUGACAAGCGCCAGUGGAAGCCGUCGUCGCGGCUGCUGUACUCUUACCACACCGUGUUCGACGGCUUUGCGGCGCGGCUCUCGGUCGGCGAGGCGGCAGCUCUGCGGGCGCUGCAGGGCGUCGCGUCGGUGCGCGAGGACCGCCGGGUCGAGCUGCACACCACGUACUCCUACCGGUUCCUCGGCCUCAACGUGUGCCCGACCGGGGCGUGGGCACGCGCGCGGUACGGCCGCGGCGUGGUCGUCGGGGUGCUCGACACUGGCGUGUGGCCGGAGAGCCCGAGCUUCGACGACCGCGGGAUGCCGCCGGUGCCGGACCGGUGGCGGGGCGUGUGCGAGACCGGGGAGCGGUUCAACGCGACGAACUGCAACCGCAAGCUCGUCGGCGCGCGGUUCUACUCCAAGGGCCACCGCGCCAACUACCCGACAGACCCGUCGGACGCCGCGGCGCGCACGCGGGAGUAUGCUUCGCCGCGGGACGCGCACGGGCACGGGACUCACACGGCGUCGACGGCCGCGGGGGCCGCCGUGGCCGGAGCCAGUGUUCUCGGCGCCGGGGCCGGGGAGGCGCGCGGCGUGGCUCCCGGCGCGCACGUCGCCGCGUACAAGGUCUGCUGGUUUAACGGCUGCUUCAGCUCCGACAUACUGGCCGGGAUGGACGAUGCGGUGCGUGACGGCGUCGACGUGCUCUCCCUCUCCCUUGGCGGCUUUCCCAUCCCGCUCUUCGAGGACAGCAUCGCCAUCGGCAGCUUCCGUGCCACGGUGCGCGGCGUCUCCGUCGUGAGCGCCGCCGGUAACAACGGGCCGGAGCCGAGCUCCGUGGCCAACGAAGCGCCCUGGAUGCUCACCGUCGGCGCCGCCACACUGGACCGCCGCUUCCCGGCGUACGUCGGGCUCGGCAACGGCCGGGUCCUGUACGGCGAGUCCAUGUACCCGGGAAAAGUCGAUUUGAAAAAUGGCGGGAAGGCGCUCGAGCUGUUCUACGCCGCCGGUGGGUCCCGGGAAGCGAUGUACUGCAUGAAGGGCUCCCUCUCCGCGGCCGACGUCGCCGGGAAGAUGGUGGUAUGUGACCGCGGCAUCACCGGCCGGGCAGACAAAGGCCAGGCGGUGAAAGAAGCGGGCGGGGCGGCCAUGGUGCUCGCGAACUCCGAGAUCAACCGGCAGGAGGACUCCGUCGACGUGCACGUCCUUCCCGCGACGCUCGUCGGCUACCAGGAGGCUGUCGAGCUCAAGAAGUACAUCAGCUCGACGCCGCGGCCGGUGGCAAGGAUCGCGUUCGGCGGCACGCGGAUCGGGCGAGCGCGCGCGCCAGCGGUGGCGCUCUUCUCGGCGCGCGGGCCGAGCGUGACGAGCCCGUCGGUGCUGAAGCCGGACGUGAUCGCCCCCGGGGUUAACAUCAUCGCGGCGUGGCCGGGCAGCGUGGGCCCGUCGGGGCUGGACGGCGACGCGCGGCGGUCCAACUUCACGGUGCUGUCGGGGACGUCGAUGGCGUGCCCGCACGUGAGCGGCAUCGCAGCGCUGGUCAGGUCAGCGCACCCUUCAUGGAGCCCGGCGAUGGUGCGGUCGGCGAUCAUGACGACGGCCGACGUGACGGACCGGCAGGGCAAGCCGAUAACCGACGGCGACAGCGGGGAGCGCGCCGACGCGUUCGCCAUGGGCGCCGGGCACGUGAACCCCGCCCUCGCCGUCGACCCGGGCCUCGUCUACGACAUCGAGCCGGCAGACUACGUGACGCACCUCUGCACGCUGGGGUACACGCAGAGGGAGGUGUUCAAGAUCACGCACAGCGCCGUUAACUGCAGCGAACUGCUGCACGCGAACCCUGGGUUCACGCUCAACUACCCGUCGAUCGCGGUGGCGUUCAAGGACGGCGGCGGCGAGACAUCAACAGUGCUCCGGAGGACGGUCACCAACGUGGGCGCGCCCAACUCGACGUACACGGCGCGGGUGGGCGCGCCGGUAGGGGUGAAGGUCACGGUCGCGCCCACGACGCUGGCGUUCGCGGAGUUCGGCGAGAAGAAGAGCUUCCAGGUGCGGGUGGACGCGUCGGCCGCGGCGGGGAAGGACAGCGCGGAGGGGUACCUGGUGUGGAAGCAGCGGAGCGCGGGGCAGGGGAGGCGGCGCACGGUGAGGAGCCCCAUUGCCGUGACCUGGCCCGUGGAGUAG